GCUCAGACCAUCGCACACGAUUGCUUCGCAUUUUUUCUCCUCUAAAGGCAGAAAUGCGCGCUGCAGAAAAAACAAUCGCACUCGAAGUUCCCAGCACGCCCAGUGGUUUAAAAGAAGGGGGGGAAAUGUGUGGACUUGCCACAACACGCGCGCCAUCGAUUCAUUCCAGGAAUCUAAACCAACCUCGCAGAUCAUUCACAGCCGUUACUCUCCUCUCAGACACUAUCGCAGAAUGCCUGCUACCAGACGUAACACGCUUUCUGUACAAUGCUCUGUUUGCCACAGAGUCAUUAGCCGCAAGGCUGAUCUUCCUAGACACAUGCGUACGCAUGCUGCAAACAAGGAAGAACUUAUGCACGCAUGCCCAUAUGAUGGCUGCGAUUACAAGACCCUCCAAAGGUCUAACCUCCAGACGCACAUCAGGACGCACACCGGCGAACGCUCAAAAAAGUGCCCUCAAUGCCCAUUUUCUACAACCGACCCAGGCGCUCUGACACGCCACCGCAAGUCAGAACAUGCCUACAAGCCCAAGGCGCGUCGCAUUCGCGACAACGGAAAAGGCGCUCGCCGAGACGCCGCAGCACCUUAUCCAUCCAUUCAAUUUGUGGAGCCAGAGGUCUUAUGCACUGCAGUGCACUCCCACCUUCCAAGUCCAGCAACUCCAAAUUCUCCGGCGAGUUCACGGAACUCAUCUUCGAUCGACUCAUCACCGAUCUCCAUGCGGGCGUCAUCCCCAUAUGUGGUCAGCCCUCUCAGCUCCCCGCUCCCACCCCGGACUCCUUCCAACCUCCGUCAAUACUCUCCAGUCUCUCCACUGUCCACAUCGACCCACAGCUAUUCUCCGAUGCCGCGCGCUCGCAUCUCGUUGACAUUGUCGGAUUUCAGUAUCGGUCCCAGUCCAUCUCCAGAACCGAUCUGAACAAUAGAUAUUACAAUUACAGGUGGGACUGGAAAGUAUUGUUGUUUAUAUCACAUUUGUAUCUAUUGUAUGUAUGUACUACCUUUAACCCCACCUAUCGCGACCUUCAAAUUACAGGAUGUACCAGCGAAUCUCAUUACUAUGAAUGGAUCAGAAUCUUUUCUUUUGAAUAUGAACGCGAUUGAUCACGUGUAUCUAAAAUC